UCCCUGCCGGCGGCCGCGGCGCUGCUCACAGGGUAACACGUCUGCGGGGUGAGUGAGUGGCGUUGGCAGGCUGUCAAUCCCUCACGGAGCGGCCAUCAAACACCAUAAAACACACACCGGCACCGCGCCGCCGGCCCCAUAAAUCCCGGCCGGCUGGUAUUUUUGCACAUUGCUUUGCAGAGAGUGUGUAAUUAAUUUUUUUACAGUUCUUUCCCCUUUAUUUCCGCUCUUUUCUUUGCGCGAGUCCAAACUUUUGAUCGCUGCUGUUUCCCCCCGUUGCACAGACUUGGGACCAUUUGUUAUUUUUGGGGGGAGGGCAAUUAAUUUUUUUUCCCUCUGUGAUUGUGUUUUCCUGGCUUUUUUUUUAUGUUGCAAUUUGGGGGUGGGGGUGCUCGCUCGGUUUGUUGUGGUUUUUGCUGUUUGCCACCCUCCUAACUUCUUCGGGAUUUGCAAGCAAGUUUUUUGAUUUUGUGUUUUUUUGUGUUUUUUUUUUUUUUUUUUUUACUUUUUUCAUCUUUUUGCAAAGAAGAUUUUUGGACAAGUGGGGAAAGACACAAAAAGCAACAAUAAAAAUAAAAAGGGGAAAAAAAAGGCUUUGGAGGAAGAUUGUACCAAGGAAAGAAAACUGCAAAGAAGCCUUAUCAAGUCAUUUAUCCCAGCCGCAGAUAUGAUGAUGAUGAAAGAAGACUGUAACUAAAGAAGAGAGUGAUUUACUGCGCUGGAAAGGAGAAGAGAGUGGAAUAAACUGCUGAGACCCGGUCCAAACACAGAUACUGAUUUUUUGUUGUUGUUGUCGAUCUGGUUUUUGCCUUUUUAUUUAUUUCUCUUUUCACGCGCGUGUGUGCGAGGACAGAGCGAGGAGUCAGGAACUGAGACUGACUUCGGGAGCCGGAGACCUCUUCGCCUUUUCCUCCCGCAGCCCCCGCUCCGCUCCCCGCCGGCGGCGCAGCCCGCUCGCCCGCCGCUCCGCCCGGCAGCAUCGAUCGGGCUGCGGCGGAGGCCGGCAUGGACGAGCAGUCCAGGAUGCUGCAGACUCUGGCCGGCGUGAACCUGGCCGGCCACUCGGUGCAGGGGGGCAUGGCUCUGCCUCCUCCCCACGGACACGAAGGGGCAGACGGCGACGGCAGGAAGCAGGACAUCGGGGACAUCCUCCAUCAGAUCAUGACCAUCACUGACCAAAGCCUGGAUGAGGCACAAGCAAAGUUGGUUUCGUCUAAUUAAACCUUGUCUUGUUGUGUGUGUGGGUUUUGUUCCUCUCCUCCCUGCUCCUCCGCGGAGAGCCGGCGUCUCACCGGCAGAGCAACUCCCGAGCGCUGUAGCAGAGAUCGCAAGCAGCCGAGGCCGAACCAGAGUCGCUGUUUAAUGAUUUUUGUUGUUGUUGUUCCGAUAAAAUAAAUAGAGACCCGCGCGGUGCCGGGGCCGCGUGCCGCGCCGCCCGGCUCGGCUGCAGCCCGGCGCUGUCGGGGCGCCUCAGCCCGGCUCGGCCGCGGUCCCCGUCCCGGUCCCGGUCCCGGUCCCCGCGGCUCCGCCGGGCCCCGUAACUUUGUGGCCCGGCCGCCCCCUGCCCCGGGCGGCGGCAGAUGAGCGGCAAAGCCGCCGGGAGGUCGGUGCCGGGGAAGCCCGCGCCGCCCCAGCCGCAGUCCUACCGAACAAAGGCCGCCGGCGCCCGAGUUGCCCCCGUCCCCCAUAAAUCAGCCGCCGGCCGCGGCCCCGCGCUGAUUUACGCUGCCCGCAGGAAGCACGCGCUCAACUGCCACAGGAUGAAGCCCGCGCUCUUCAGCGUCCUCUGCGAGAUCAAGGAGAAAACAGGUUUGAGCAUCCGAGGAGCCCAGGAGGAAGACCCUCCCGAUCCCCAGCUAAUGAGACUAGACAAUAUGCUUCUGGCAGAAGGAGUCUCAGGUCCGGAGAAAGGUGGGGGAUCGGCAGCAGCAGCUGCAGCCGCAGCAGCCUCUGGAGGGUCUUCAGAUAACUCUAUUGAACACUCAGAUUACAGAGCCAAAUUGACCCAGAUCAGACAAAUCUAUCACACAGAGCUGGAGAAAUAUGAACAGGCAUGUAAUGAAUUUACCACACAUGUGAUGAACCUUCUCAGAGAACAGAGUCGGACACGUCCCAUUUCUCCCAAGGAGAUUGAAAGGAUGGUGGGCAUCAUUCAUCGAAAAUUCAGCUCCAUCCAGAUGCAGCUCAAACAAAGUACUUGUGAAGCGGUCAUGAUUUUAAGGUCAAGGUUCCUUGAUGCCAGGCGGAAAAGGCGCAACUUCAGUAAACAAGCCACAGAAAUCUUGAAUGAGUAUUUUUACUCCCACCUCAGUAACCCUUACCCCAGUGAAGAAGCCAAAGAAGAGCUGGCAAAGAAAUGCAGCAUCACAGUAUCGCAGGUGUCCAACUGGUUUGGAAAUAAGAGAAUCAGGUACAAGAAGAACAUCGGGAAGUUCCAGGAAGAAGCCAACCUUUACGCGGCAAAGACGGCUGUGACCGCAGCACAUGCCGUGGCCGCGGCCGUCCAGAACAACCAGACAAACUCCCCCACCACACCAAACUCUGGUUCUUCUGGUUCUUUUAACCUCCCAAAUUCUGGGGACAUGUUCAUGAACAUGCAGAGUCUGAAUGGGGAUUCUUACCAGGGGUCCCAAGUCGGAGCCAAUGUGCAGUCACAGGUGGAUACCCUGCGUCAUGUUAUCAAUCAGACGGGAGGAUACAAUGAUGGCUUGGGAGGAAAUUCACUGUACAGUCCACAUAAUUUAAAUGCUAAUGGAGGCUGGCAGGACGCAACUACUCCAUCUUCUGUGACUUCCCCUACAGAAGGGCCGGGAAGUGUGCACUCUGAUACCUCUAACUAAUCUCCUAGCAACACUUUUUCCCUGAGCUGAGAUGCCUUGAUUAGCGCAUUCAGAGUCACAGGAGAAAAAGGAAAGAAUUUUUUUGUAGCCAACCACCUACAGCUUUACUGUAAAACCUUGUCUUAUUAGAAAACUUGGUAAAUCUGUUUUUUAAAGGUAUCAUAAUCAUUUGUAUUUAUACUUAAAACACACAAUGUUAAAAAGCACUUUAUCCAAUUAGGCCAAGAUUUAGCAUUGUUUAUAGCCCUGUAACUAUUUUAUCAUAAUUUAUUAUCAACAGUUUUAACAAUAUUCGUCUAACAGUUGCCAAUUACUUGGCCUUAAGGGUAAAAGAACAGUACAAGUUUAACCUCAAUAGCAAGAGCAAACACAAAGAAACACCUCACCUAAAUUUAACUUCUUGCAUAUUUCCAUGGAAAGUCUAAAUGAAUUACAGACUUUGAUUGUGUUUAAUCUUUUCAUAUCUCUUAUAGAGUUGGAAUAAAAAGAACUGUUCGGUCAUUUCAGUUAACAACGGUUGUGUUUAAGAAUCAUAUUCAUCACAUUUUUGUUGUGAUCUAUUGUUUUAUAAAUUAGAUUGGAUACCAGGAGCAUCUUUUCUUGCUAAAAACACCGGGAGUCUACUCUCUGUAUUUCAACAAUGGACGUAGAUUGUUCUUAAGAGAUGAAGAUACUUGCUGCUUAUUUCUGUGAAAGCCAAGAUCUGGGGUUUUACAGUACGAGCUAGGUGCUGCACAUGAUUGCCAAGAUUUGUUACUUCUUCUUGGCAACAAAGCAAAUUAAAAAAAAAAAAGGAAAAAAAGCAAAAGAAAAAAAAGCACCAUUAUAUGGAGUGUUGUAUAUAGUGUAGCAAAAGAGUAUUUAUACAUCUCACCAAUCAAAACACAGCUUUAUUACCUCAUGCGAACUCAUACAAACCAAUAGACUUUCAACAUGUUCUGUAGCUUAGAGUGCUCACUUACUACCUCUGAACGAUACUCACGCUGUAGUUUGUCUCUUUCUUAUCUUUUUGCAUCUUGUAAUUAACUCUUUGUUUCCCUCAUGAAAUGUAAUGUACAUUGUAAUCUUUUAAAAGAAUCAGGGUUGCAUUUGCAACUUUUAAAAAAGCUAAAGUGGAAACAUUGGGUCUUAGGUUUAACACAAAACAGUAAAACUGUUGUAAAUACUGAGAAACAUUUUGAAUGUUCUUCAUCUUGUUACUAAUCCACGCAAAAAAUACAACUAAUUGUAAUGCAUACAGACUUCAGUAUUCAGUACUGUAUAUUCCACCCUGUGUAACAGGGCGCCCUUUCUUUCUCUCUUUUGUAUUGUAUGCGAUUCUGAAACUGAUUGAGUCAUGAAAAUAAUUUGUGGCAGUGAUUCUAAUGUAUUAAAACGUUUCGUGUUACUUUCUAACUGGAUUACACCCUGGAUUGAAAAGUCUUCCUCGUGGUAGUUAUAUGUAGUUUCAAACAUGAAUAAACUUUUUGCUUUCAUGA